AUGUCCUGGCGAAAACCAUUUAGCGACCGCGCUGGUGAGCCGGGUACUGUGAUUGAAACCCAGAUAGAUCAUGGACGCGCUCAUUAUAUCGGCGAAAGGGGAGGAAACGAUGCGCCGCCGACAUAUCAAGAUGCCUCCGGUGCUCCGGUUGAGAACAAAUCCCCAUUGGGAUACGCUGUCGGCCCUGCUACAAUUACCUUGCUGAAUAUCACGAUGAUGAUUGGCGCGGGUAUCUAUUCUACGCCGUCCUCUAUUCUGUCUGGUACUGGGUCUGUUGGUGUUAGCUUUGUUUACUGGACCAUUGGUUACUUGUUAUGUCUCUCCUCUGGAGCCGUCUAUCUCGAGUUUACAGCAUACUUCCCCAGUCGAUCGGGCUCAGAAGUCGUCUUCCUUGAACAGACAUAUCCCCGUCCAAUGUGGCUGUUUCCAACCACGUUCGCAGUUCAGAGUGUGAUUCUUUCGUUUGGAAUCAUGGCCAACUACCUUAUCGCCAUCUCCGGCCACGAAGGGACCGACUGGCAGGUCAAAGGGACAGCCCUAGCAUGCUACACUCUCGCUACAUUGGCCUUGGUGUUCAACACGAAGUACGCAUACUGGUUCUCAAAUGGGGUUGGGAUUGUCAAGAUCUGUACCCUAGUCUUCGUUAUUCUCACUGGGUUUGUUGUUCUGGGAGGCAAUACCAGGGUUGAAAACCCAAAGGCCAACUUUCAGGAUGCGUGGUCGGGGAGUGCUUCAGCCUCUGCCUACGGGAUGACGACUGCCUUGUACCGUAUCAUCUUCUCGUACGGGGGCUACUACAAUGCUUUCAAUGUUGCCAAUGAGAUCAAGAACCCUGUCAGGUCACUUAAGAUUUACGCCACUGUUGCGCUUACCACGGUUUACGUGCUAUACAUGUUCGCAAAUGUCGCCUUCUUCGCUGCUGUCCCCAAAGAUGAACUGGCAAACUCCGAGCUCACCACUGCAAGCCUUUUUUUCUCCAAGGUGUUCGGAGACGGCGCCGCAGUCCGGGGCCUGAACUUCUUGAUUGCCCUGGCUUCUUUCGGAAACAUGAUUUCUGUGAUAGUUGGGCUCUCCAGGCAAAUUAGGGAAUGUGGCCGACAGGGAGUCCUGCCAUGGACUACAUUCUGGGUAUCGACCAAGCCAUUUGGCACGCCAUUGGGACCGUACGUUGUGAUUUGGUUUAUAACUAUCCUGAUGAUCCUCGCCAUUCCGGCAGGAGACGCCUUCACUUUCGUGAACGACUUGAAAAUCUUCCCUACCGCUGUAUUCAACCUCGCCAUGGCUGUCGGCGUCUACGUUAUUCGCUGGAAGCGUAAGAAGGCCAACCUCCCAGAACCCGAAUUCAAAGCCUGGCAUGUGGUGGUUAUCUUUAAUAUCCUUGUCCAGCUCUACCUACUUGUGAUGCCGUGGUACCCUCCCGCCGGUGGCCAGUAUGCUGGGGAUGUCAGCUUUUGGUACGCCACGUACGUGGUGACAGGAAUCGGAGUUCUCGUGGCGUGCGCCAUAUACUACGUGCUCUGGGCGUAUAUUAUCCCUAGGAUCAAGGGCUACACCUUGAGACAGGAGCUCAUCAGUCUGGAAGGCGGAGCUCAGAGCAACCGGCUUAGGAAGGUGCCUAAUGCUGAGGUUGAAGAAUGGGAUGCAACGCAUGAUGCAACAGGCCGUCCCAUUGAAACUACCGCGGAGCAGAUUCAGGUUCAGGGUAAGGAUACUGGGGAUUCUUCAGAUAACAACUCGGACAAGGAGACAAAAGGGCCCAUUACUACGGAGAGCGGCGGAAAUGUGUAG